CCCGCGCAGGGCCCGGUCAUUGGUGGAGCGCAGGACAGCGAGCGGCGCGGUGGAUAGACUGCCGCUACGCUAUUGGGGGAGGGAAGACAAACUGGAUCCGAACAACAAAAAAAGACCAGAUAACAACAAUAUCAAGUUGGAAAUAGAAAGCGCGAUACGCGGCUUGCUCGAACAUAUUUACCCGUUAAAAAUACUUUGGAUGUCAGCAUGGCUCAGAUGUUUACUAUAUCAGACAGCGAGUCAGAGCCCUCAGAGGAGGUAGGAGAAACCGAAAAGGACCAAUCGUCUGCCGGAAAGGGGAUGACUGGCGGUCCAAUAGGCCAAACCCUCACUGUGCCUGAGAUGAGACUGGCAGGAGAGGGUCGGUUGAGGAUGAACUCAGAGUCCCAGGCCCAGGAGCUCCAGGGUAGGGGGCCAGGGGUGGAAGGCAUGCCCACAGACGGAGCAUCUUUCCGGGGUCGCUCCCAGUCGGCCCCCCCUGCCCUCUGGGCGGCCAAGAGAUACGGGCGGCAGCUCCGCCGCAUGAGUGACGAGUUCGAUACGUGGCUGGAUAAAGGG